AUGGUAUAUUUACAGUACAUGUCAGUGAUGGCUGUGAUCAACGCACAAGUCAGUGAGCUCAUCAGGACUCUGCGUAAGAAAGGCUGGACGACUAGCGCUAUCGCCAAACACUUGGCCACAACUGGAAUAAGAGCUUCCUUGCAAACUAUCCAGCGUCAUUGCCGAUGUGCUGUUGUGGAGAAGAAGAAGGGACGCAAGCCACGUAAAUUGACAAGUCAGGUGAUGGAAAUAAUAGACUCCAUCCUGAGAGCAGACGAUGAACUACCAGCAAGAAAAGUAAAAGAGCUUCUCCAAAGCAGGCACAGCAUAACGAUCGGCUUACACUCGGUGCGAAAGGCAGUCCGGACUCUUGGCUGGAACUUUGGAAAGCCCAGGGACCUCGUGAGGGACGCUAUGACUAACUCCAGCAGAUCCUACAGUUCUUCACCGCAACGUCACGACUACGACCUUGACAGCCAUUCAGUCAUUCUUCGCGUGAGGGGGGAAAUACCGUGUCUUGGUUCGUCGCGACGGCUUCCACGUCAGAGCCAUUCUCAGAGAGAGCAAAACACCGCGGCCGCUCUCCGGAUCGCUAUGAUCGCAGUUAUCGCUAUCCAGCCCAGGAAGGACACUUUCGAGUCCCCUUUCAGUCCAAAGCAACCAGAGUAA